UAUGUGGCAACUCUGUUCAGCGGUACACGUGCGAUUUGUUUUAGUUUGCUCGUGUAAAAAUGAAGUUGGCUUCAAAAAAAGUAAAGACCCUGGGCAAACCCAAGCCCGGAAUCAGCAAAAAUAAGCCCGUUAAGGAUGCCCUCAAGAAGACGAAGACCAAGAAGGGGGAAAAACACUCUGAAUCCACGGCUAACAUAAAGAAAUCGAAGCAAAAAGACACUGCUCCAGUGAAAUCGGGAAAUCCUGCAAAAAAAGGAGCCAAGAAAACACACAAGGAGGAGCUGGAAGGACUCAAGGAUAUAGAUCCAGAGUUCUACGAUUUCCUCAAGAAGAAUGAUAAGAAGCUCCUCGAGUUUAAUCUGCUGGACAGCGAUGACAGCGACGACGAAGAAGAUGAAGACAAAGGCAAGAAGGCGGCUGAGCGAGAGAGCGAGGAAGACGAGGAGGACGAAGAGAAGUACCACAAGCCUAGCGAGGACUUGGCCGUGGCCAGUGAUGAAAGCGACUUCGAUGACGAGGAAGAUGACGAAUCCGCCGCUGGAGGCACCCAGAAGAUCACCCUCAACCUGUUGCGCCAGUGGGAGCAGCAACUGGGCCAGGCUAACGUCUCCAUCGAUAUUGUGCGUAAGGUGAUACAGGCCUUCAAUUCAGCCCUUGCCAGCAUCUCGGCUGAUGGGGCUGAUGGCGGCGAGAACCAGCCCAAUGCAGCCGCUUUUAAGGUCGUCGGGGCAGCCGCUUUCAAUGGAGUCAUCCAGCUCUGCGUGCUUCAUCUCCAGCCCGCCAUUAUCCGAGUGCUGGGCGUGAAACCCAACAGCAGUCUGCCACUGCACAAACACAAGAAGUGGGUCAAGGUGCGCGGCUGCCUGCGAUACUACCUCACCGAUUUGAUCCGUCUGGUGGAGCAGGUUUCUAGUGCCAAUAUCCUGGGGGUCCUGCUAAAGCAUCUGCACCAAAUGGCCGGCAUGGUAGUGCCCUUCUCAGCACUAGGAAAGACCAUCCUGAAGCGCCUUAUUGUGCUCUGGGCCACUGGAGAUGAAACAGUCCGAGUGUUGGCCUUCCUCUGCAUCCUGAAGAUCACCAGGAAACAGCAGGCCACCAUGUUAAAUCACGUUCUGAAAGCCAUGUACCUGGCUUAUGUGCGCAACUCCAAAUUCGUUUCACCCAAUACUCUGCCUGGGAUUAACUUUAUGCGCCGCUCGCUAGUGGAGAUGUUCGCCUUGGAUCUAAACGUGAGCUACCAGCACGCCUUUCUUUACAUUCGGCAGUUGGCUAUUCACCUGCGAAAUGCAGUGAUCCUGAAGAAGAAGGACAGCUUUCAGGCCGUGUACAACUGGCAGUUUGUCAACUCCCUGCGCCUGUGGGCCGAUCUCCUGGGAGCGAGUGCAAACAAACCGCAGUUGCAGCCCUUGGUUUAUCCCCUUGUUACCAUUGCCACUGGUGUGAUCCGCUUGAUACCUACCGCUCAAUACUUCCCGCUGCGGUUCCACUGUCUGCAGACGCUGAUUUCGCUGGCCAAGGAGACCAAUACUUAUGUGCCAGUGCUGCCGCUGAUUGUGGAGGUAUUGAAGAGCAACACCUUCAAUCGAAAGCACUCGGCGGUGUCGAUGAAGCCGCUGCAGUUUACCUGUAUUCUGAGGCUUAACAAAGGACAGCUGGCCGAAAAUGGCUUCCGGGAUGAGGUGAUCGAGCAGGUCUGUGGCCUACUGCUGGAAUAUCUUGCUCAUGAGUCCACCUCGCUGGCAUUUAGCGAUUUAGUGGUGCCCACUGUAAUGGCCAUUAAAGCGUAUCUAAAGGAUUGUCGUAAUGCUAACUACACCCGCAAGCUGAAGCAGGUUCUUGAGAAGAUCCAGGAGAGUGGCCGCUUCAUAGAGCAACAGCGCGGCAAGAGCAGUGUUAACUUUGACAUAAAGGACGCCCAAGCGGUAGCCGCAUGGGAGCAGCAGCUUCGCCUGAAGCGGACUCCCCUCGACAUUUACUACACCAGCUGGUUAAAAACGCACGAGACCAAGAAGCGACGACAGGCGGCGCAGACAGAUGAAAUCAAUGCGGACUACGAUGUACCCAAGUUGAAGAAACUGCCGGCGAAAUCAGGAGUGCCUGUGAGGAAUGAGAAAGGCGAGAUUGAGCUGUUCCCCUCAGAUUCCGAGGAUGAAGGUGAUGAUGGCCUGGCCAUGGGAUCAGAUGACGACGAUGAAGAGGAGGAAGUGGUCGAAGAGGAGGAAGUAGAACAGCCUAAAGCCAAGAAGGCCAAAAAGGAGGAGCUGAAAUCCCAGCCAGCAGUGGCGGAAGAUGAUUAUGACGAGGCUGGCGGAGCCGUGGAUAUAGUUAAGGACUUGGACUUAAACGAUUGGUAGAACAUUUAAGAUCAUUUAACUAUAUUUAAACAUUAAAUUCUUUAAAAAUA